UGUCUCCUCUCUAUUGUAUAUAAAAAAAACUGGUCACAGAAAUUCAAACUUUUGUACAAAGCCAGCCAAGUUACUCUCUCUCCGUUCUCCACCUCGAGAACUACCCCCCCACUUUCAAACACAUGAAAGAACUCUCCUCCUUCCUCUUCAUCAUCUUCUCCUUUGUUCUGCAGCUUCUCGUUGCAUGAAACCAAAAUCAUGAUCUCAUGAAGCCUUAGAAAGACUGGCAUUAGCAAAAACAAAACAGAAAAAAAAAAAUGGUGGUUGCAUUUCUUAAAGUUGUUUCCUUUCUAUUCUUCUUUACUUCCCUGGUUUCCUCUCUAAACUCAGAUGGUCUCUCUCUUCUUGCUCUCAGGGCAGCCAUAGAAUCUGAUCCUACUAGUUCCCUUGAUAAAUGGUCUGAGUCUGACUCAACCCCAUGCCAUUGGCCUGGAAUCGCCUGCACCCGCAACAGAGUCACCUCAAUAUUUCUUCCCAACAAAGAGUUAACCGGUUACAUCCCAUCAGAACUCGGUCUUCUCGACACGCUAACUCGCCUGAGUCUCUCUCAAAACAACUUCUCAAAACCAAUUCCUUCUCGUCUCUUCAACGCUACAAACCUUGUCUACAUUGACCUUUCCCAUAACUCACUCUCUGGCUCAGUUCCUCCACAAAUAAAAUCCCUCGAAAACUUAACGCACCUCGAUCUUUCCUCCAACUCACUCAACGGGUCACUCCCUGAGUCACUUGUUGAGCUCAAGAGCUUGACAGGAACCCUAAACUUGUCUUGCAACAAGUUUUCAGGUGAAAUUCCAGCUUCUUAUGGAGAGUUUCCAGUGAUGAUAAGCUUGGAUCUAAGGCACAAUAAUUUAACAGGGAAAGUGCCUCAAGUUGGUUCUUUGUUAAAUCAAGGGCCCACCGCAUUUUCAGGAAACCCUAAUCUUUGUGGGUUUCCGUUGGGGAAUCUUUGCCCGGAAGCUCAAAACCCGAGAGCUUUUGUAAACCCUGAAGAAAAUCCUGAAAAUCCCAAUGGUUUUAGGCCCACCUUUGAUGAUGGGAAUGGAGAGAAACGGAAGGAGAAAAAUGUGUCAGUGGCUGUUCCCUUGAUCUCAGGCGUUUCGGUGGUGAUCGGGGCGGUUUCGAUAUUUGUGUGGCUGUUUCGGAGAAAAUGGAAGCCUGAGGAGGAUAAAAUGGGGAAAGAGAAAAAGGGGGAGGCGGUUGAUGAGGAAGGGCAAAAGGGUAAAUUCGUGGUGGUUGAUGAGGGGUUUAAUUUGGAAUUAGAGGACUUGUUAAGGGCAUCUGCGUAUGUAGCGGGGAAGAGUAGGAGCGGGAUAGUGUACAAAGUGGUGGCUGGGAGGGGAUCUGGUACGGUGGGGAGUACGAUUGUUGCAGUGAGGAGGUUGGGCGAGGGUGAUACCACAUGGAAGUUUAAGGAGUUUGAGGCUGAAGUAGAGGCUAUGGGGAGGGUUAACCAUCCCAAUGUUGUCAGGUUGAGAGCUUAUUAUUAUGCCAAUGAUGAGAAGUUGCUGGUUACUGAUUUCGUCCGUAACGGAAGCUUGUAUGCAGUAUUACAUGAAGGGCCAUCCAAUAAUUUGCCACCACUUCCGUGGGCUGCGAGGUUGAAAAUUGUUCAGGGGACUGCAAGGGGUUUAAUGUACAUACAUGAAUACAGCCCUCGAAAAUAUGUUCAUGGCAACUUAAAGUCAACAAAAAUCCUUCUUGACAAUGAACUCCAGCCUUACAUCUCUGGGUUUGGACUCACUCGUCUUGUCUCUGGGACCUUCAAAUAUGCCGGUUCAAUAACCAAAAAGCUGAACCCAAACCAAACCAUUGCAACCUCUGCAAUGGGAUCAAGAAUUUCAACUCCUAAUUCUUACCUGGCACCUGAGGCUCGAGUAUUUGGAAGCAAGUUCACUCAGAAAUGUGAUGUCUACUCUUUUGGAAUUGUGCUAUUGGAGAUUUUAACAGGGCGGCUGCCUGAUGCUGGACCCGAAAAUGAGGACAAGGGAUUGGAAGGUCUUGUGAGGAAAGCAUUCCGAGAGGAGCGUCCCUUGUCUGAAAUCAUAGACCCAACACUACUAACGGAAGUUUAUGCCAAGAAGCAAGUGGUUGCGGCAUUUCACAUUGCUCUCAAUUGCACAGAACUGGAUCCAGAGCUGCGCCCUAGGAUGAGAAUUGUGUCUGAGAGUCUUGAUCGGAUUAAAUCGCGGUGAAAAAAAUGUUGGGAAGAAUGUUGUAAAGUUGUAUCAUUGUUGCUAACCCCUGGCUCCUGAAGCUGUUUUGGUUUUUGAUUCCUUGGAUGCAGGGUCAAUUCGGUGUAUGACUCGUCAGGUUAUUGUUGUAAUCAGAUGAGUUUUCUUUGAAUGUUUUGAUCUGUCCAUCUCUUGAA